UCAGGGCUUCCAUUUUCUCUCUCUCUCCCUUUCAUAUCACACUGUUCAUGUCACUCAUUUCCACUAAAUUUGGGUACUCUUUAAUAUCCACAUACUAGCAAAAGUGGGUUCAGUUGUUAACCCUAGAGGGGAAUAAUAAUACUUAUAGCAACUACACUUAUUUCUUCUUUCUUCUGUGAGAGAGAGAAUGGGAAGGGGAAGAGUAGAACUGAAGAGAAUAGAGAACAAAAUAAACAGGCAAGUCACUUUUGCUAAAAGAAGAAAUGGACUUCUCAAGAAAGCUUAUGAACUUUCUGUUUUAUGUGAUGCUGAAGUUGCUCUUAUCAUCUUCUCUAGCCGUGGUAAACUCUAUGAAUUUUGCAGCACUUCCAGCAUGAUGGCAACACUUGAAAAGUAUCAACAGUGCAGUUAUGCGUCUUUGGAUCCGAUGCAAUCAACUAAUGAUACUCAGAACAACUACCAUGAGUAUGUGAGGCUAAAAGCUAGAGUUGAGCUCCUUCAAAAAUCUCAGAGAAAUCUUCUUGGAGAGGAUUUGGGCUCACUAAAUUCGAAGGAACUUGAGCAGCUUGAGUACCAAUUGGAUGCUUCCUUGAAGCAAAUCAGGUCAAAGAAGACUCAAUCCAUGCUGGACCAGCUCGCAGACCUUCAGCAAAAGGAGCAAAUGCUGGCGGAAACAAAUAAACAACUUAGAAGCAAGCUGGAAGAAAAUGCAGCUCGAAUUCCACUUGGAUUGUCCUGGGGAAAUAAUAAUGGAGGACAAACAAUGCAACCAAAUCGACAAACUGAUCAAGGAUUCUUUCAACCUCUGGGAUUGAAUUCUUCAUCUCCUCAAUUUGGAUACAAUCCCAAUAUGGGUGCAAAUCAUGAGGCUAAUGCAGCAGCAACUGCUCACAAUAUUAAUGGAUUUAUUCCAGGAUGGAUGCUGUAAUGGAUUACUAAAAUAUGUUAUCUCUUUUUCUCCUUGCAUGACUAAUGCGAAGAUGAUAUUAAUUUCUGUAUUCUCGUUUUUACUGUGGCCACAUUCUGUAUUUAGCAACUUGUAAUUAUUGUUGAAGCAGAGAGGACACUAAUACACUCAGAACUUGUUAUAAAAAUAACAACUGCUGAUAGUCCCAUCUGAACUAUGCAAAAACAUCUAUAUCCUAUGUAAUUUAACGGAAUUAUUGCACUGGUGGUAUCUUGGAAUUGAUGAUUA